AUGGACAAGCAGCUUGGCCAGCAAGCCUCCUGUACCGCUUUCCCAUCGCCAGAGUUUGGUUCCACUCCUGUUUUACAUGGCGCCUCGUCAUUUUCUACUUCAACCCACAACCUUACUCACCAAGCCGGUCGUCCUAAACCUAGACUUAACACUUCUUCAAACGCCAUAACGUCGCACGGCUUAUCUGCGGCUUCGGCCGCAGCAACUAUCGGCUUAACAGCGGAUAGAUGCUCCUGGUGUCAGGCCAUGCUGGAACAAUAUGACGAGGUGACUCUGGGUCUCGGCCUUGUAUGCUUAGCUACGUUCGUGCAUCGCGAACCCAGUCUAGCUGCGCCAUACCUGCUUGACAUGUUGUUGAUUGCCUCGCGAUUAGCAUCUUCUCAAAUGUACAGUUGGAAGACUAGCCUACCGCAUAUAAUUGUUCCUGGAAACACUGCCAGUAUUGCAAGACAAUUUAUUCGAUGUACAUUGUAUAACUUAGCACCAAAUGGACUCUUUGUGCAACUCUUCCAAACACCUAUUAAUGAUGAAAAUUUCUUCAAGGUUGUCGUCUCCGUUCUGAUCGACUUUGAAGAUCAUCUAACUUUGUUCCAGCCAGCAAGCAUGGCUCUGGAUGCUUUGAACCGGCGAAAGACAUUACCAGUGGACACCCUUCCUGUACUACUCGAGAAUCUUGCUGCUUAUAUAGAUCAGUUACCCGGCAUGACUGAUGACGCCAAGUCAAGUCACUUGUUGGCUACCGGCUGGAGUGAACUGAUAGCCGCUAUCGAUACAUUUUUGCGAAGAUUAGUUAUAACGAGCAGUCCAAUUCCGGGGAAUCUAUCAACAUGCAUCCGAAUUAUGAUAAGCGUGAUGAGGACACCGGUUGCAGCCAACUUUAAGGUAAUUUAG